AUGCGAAAGCUCUCGUCCAAGCUUUCAGAGUUAGAAGGAAAAUACCGAGAUUUGCAGGAUCGGAGCGAGAGGGUAAAGGGGGAGUUGACAACCAACGCAGCACAGUUGAGCUCUGAAAAUGAACGGCUACACUUGCAGUCGAACGAUCAACAAUCGAGAAUCAACCGUCUGAAUUCAGAACUGGAGAAAAUCAAUACCGAGCACGCAGAGCUGAGUCAAAAGUUGACGGAAUUGGAACUGAAGUCUGCACAAACGGACGAAGAGAACGCGCAAUUGAAAACGGAAAGAGCGAAAAGAUUCACGAACCAGACCCCCCGAGAGAAGGUCGCAGAGUUGCGGAAAUCUCUCGGGGAGAAGGAAGAAGAGUUGAAAAGAUCCGAAUACCGACACCAGCAGGCUCAGAAAGCGUACACCAGUUCUAAAGCUCAGCAGGAGACUCUGAGACUGAGACUGGUAGCUUUGGAAGAGGAGAGGAGGGGAGAAGGGUUUAAAGUUGGUGGGGAGCGAGAGAGGGAGGGAGAGAGGAGAGAAAUGGUGGAGAAAUACACUGGGGAAGUUGAAGGUGGAUGGGUAAUGGAAGGGGAGGGAGGGAGAGCGACGGAAGAGAGGGAGAGUGGAGGGAGAGUGAGGGAGGGAGAAGGAAUAGACAUGGAAGAGAGGGAGGGAGGAGGGAGGAAGAGGGAGGGAGGAGGGAGAGACAUGGAAGAGAGGGAGGGAGGAGGGAGAGAGAGGGAAGGAGAAGGAGAGAGCAUGGAAGAGAGGGAGAGAAACCCUCAAGAAGAGCUGAAGAGGUUGAGAACGGAGCUAGCUGUGGAGAGGAAGAACCGCUCGGUGGUGGCAGAAGAGCUGCAGAAGGUUGGAAGAGAGAGGGACAAGUUUAUGCAGAAGUUCAUGGAGGCAGAGAGGGAGAUGCGAAAUCGGCGACAUCAUCAGCAGGUGAUGUCAGAGUCUGUAAUGACGGCUCUCGGGAUCCCCAGAGGGGAACAGUGGCGGUGUUGUCUGCAAGUCGACGAUGUAGCCCUGUUUUGCAUUGACUCAUUCAAUAACUACCUGGCCAUGAGUGUGGAUGGAAAGACGUACUACCUCAACCACUCCUGCGUCUCCAAGUUCUCUGACAAAUGGACUGGGAAGAUCAAGCCACCGUUUGAAAAAAAAUUGCUAAUAGGUCGUGUUACUCAGAGGUUGCACGUCGAAGUACGAAAGGAGGACAAUAGACUGCAUGUACCAGUAGGCACCAGACUCUACAAACUCGAAGCUGUCGAGCUCUCCGAAGACUCUGCAGCCUAGAGUUACGUAAUAUCUCCCCAGCACCGUUGAGUUUUCAUCCAUUCUCUCCCUCCAAUAGAAUACUGCAGUCACCAUGUUUUGUGUGUUCAGACUUUGUGCAAAUUUGUUCCUUAGAGAAAAUUACUGCUCUAAUUGGCGAGUGAACUUACGUAUGUGUACCUACUGAAAUUGCGUAAUUACUUGUUCCGCUAUUGCGUAAUUACUUGUUCCUUACAUCAGAAUUACAAAUUUCUUUUUAUAGGUUUUAUAUUAUACAGG